GGUAGAGAGAGAGGAGGGAGUGGAGGUGACACUCAGAGCUCCUCCUUCUCCUCUCCGCUGGCUAUUUUUGGCCUGACUGUGACAGUGUGAGCGUGUUCCCCCUGACAGCUGCCUACAGGGGCCAAAUCAAAACAAGCCUGCGCCUCAGCUACACACUUGUUGCAGGGCUGAGACCAUCACUAUGAGCCAGUUGGGGUUAUGGUAAGGUGCACAGGAGCUUCUCUGGCAGGCAGGCUUUUUCAAUCUGAAUACUCAUCCCACCCGGCCAGGAGCUUACUACAGACUAGCAUCUUAUCUGGGGUGAGAGAACAGCCUUAAGUACAGCCUGAAACAAAUGGCCUCCACAAAUGAAGAUAAGGACCCCGACAUUGAGCUGUUUGUAAAGGCAGGCAGUGAUGGAGAGAGCAUUGGGAACUGCCCGUUCUCUCAAAGGCUCUUCAUGAUCCUGUGGCUGAAAGGAGUGGUGUUUAAUGUCACUACUGUAGAUCUGAAAAGAAAACCGGCUGAUCUCCACAAUCUGGCCCCAGGAACGCACCCACCCUUCCUCACCUUCAAUGGAGAAGUACGGACUGAUGUGAACAAGAUUGAGGAGUUCCUAGAGGAGAUGCUAGCACCUCCAAAGUAUCCCAAACUAGCUGCAAAGAACAGGGAGUCAAACACGGCAGGAAAUGACAUCUUUGCUAAGUUCUCUGCGUAUGUUAAGAACACAAAGCCUGAGGCUAAUGCCAGCCUUGAGAAGGGCCUGUUGAAAGCCUUGAGGAAACUAGACAACUUCCUCAACUCCCCUCUACCUGAAGAGAUUGAUGCAGACAGCAUGGAAGAGGAAAAAUGCUCCACUCGCAAAUACCUGGAUGGCAAUGAAUUAACACUAGCAGACUGCAACCUCCUCCCUAAACUGCAUGUUGUCAAGGUUGUUUCCAAGAAAUACCGUAACUUUGACAUCCCAGCGGAGUUCACCGGAGUGUGGCGCUAUCUACAGAAUGCCUAUGCACGGGAUGAGUUCAUCAACACAUGUGCAGCAGACAAGGAGAUAGAGCUUGCCUACCAGGAUGUAGCCAGGAGACUGGCCAAGUGACACCUUAACCGGAUCAUACUUCAAUUAUGCAAUAACUGUCAUAGACAAAACUACAGUAAGACUCCUCUGGCUUUGAAAGAAGGUGUUGUGUUUAAGAUUCACUCUUCUGUCAGGAGGGAUUUUGGAGUUAUCAGCUUUAUUUUGUGUGUUGCCUUCAGGACACCAUAUUGGAUUGGUCCUUUAAAUGCCCUAGAUAGACUGUUGCCUGGUCUAACGCUGCCUGUGUACACUUUGCAUGCUGUUGCCAUUUUAUUCCCCUUAUGCAAGUGGCAUGAAUUUGUCUUAUCAGCAACUCUGUAAUGGGCUUGAGAAUGCACUGUGCCACUGAAAUUUAUUUAAAUAUCUACUCUUAUCAUGUACUGCAGACUGUUUCAGGCAGGGCCAUUUCUGAAGCAUAUGGGGCUCUAAGCGACAUCUUACUUGUCGGACCCCCACUCAAAUCAUGUUAUUCUGAGUUGGAAAACCUGGUUUAAAAAAGACAUACUCAUUUGGCCUCAUGGUGGCUGUUUCGGGGCCUUAAAGUACCCGCUUAUACCACUUGAGAAAUGGCCCUGGUUUCAGACUAUACAUUUAUUUGAGAAUGUUUCUUUUGCUGCUACUCUAUUCUGCUUUCCUAUACUCAGUCAAAUCAGCAGUGUUGAAUGAAACAGUGUUCUCCAGUGUCUGGUUUAGGUGUGCGCAUGUAAGCUGGACUCAACUGAACAGUUUUUUAGUUCAGUGCUGGGGAAUGUACUCACAUCAUGAAGGAUAAAUGUAUUGUAUCAUGUCCUUAGACCACUAGUGUUUUGCACACAUGCAGUUUGGUCUUGA